AUGGUGGCAGAGCUCUUGCAGAGUCCAAACUCUUCGGUACUUCUGGUGCGCCUGGUUCAGGGGAACGCUCCUUCGACUCUCACCAACUACUUCGGUCGUUGGAAACAUUGGGUCGAGUUUUGCCAGGUCCAAUCUGCAGAUGAAUGGGCACCCAAGGUAGCCUUCCUCUGCGAUUUCUUGAUCACGCACUGCAAUGGGUCGGCUAUCGCGUGGCUCAAGGCCUUCAGGUUCAUCACUACGCGGCUGGAGGUCCAGUCAUUCAAGGUGGCUCUACAGUCCGAGGCAGUGCGGGCCUUUGGCAAAUCCGUGAAUGUGGUUCAGCGCAGGGAGACAGCACCAUUCCCGCUUUCUUUCGUCAUUUGGUUGGAAAGGCAAGUGCUGGAUGCGGCCCAGUCCGCGGCACAUCGGAUUCGGUGUGGCUUCAUACUGGGCCAGCCUCCGCUGGUCGGAUGCUCAGUGGUCUCCGCCUUCCUUUCUUCACUUGGAUCGGCAGGCGCUUCUGGGAUGUGCUACAAGGACGAAAACCACUUCUCGAUCCAUGCCGUGGGGCGCCUGGGUACUUCGGCCGCUCGUCCUGGGUUUCAGCCCGACUUUCUGGACUUGGGUCCGGAUGUUCGUGCUCCUGUCUUCUUGGCUCCUUUGAGCCGUGCUGCUGGGGUGGUCCUGAUCCGCAGACUUUUGGCGAUGUGCUACGAGAGCUAUCCGGCGGACCAACGGCCGGACUUGUCCCUCAUUGGCGUGCACAGUGCCAAAGUCACCUUCUUAUCCUUGGCUAAGCAGCUCUUGUUGGACGAAGCCUUGCGGCGAGAGCAAGGACACCACCGCCCGCCGCCGGGGCACGCCGUGACCCGGUUAUGCGGCAGAGAUGAUGUUUCAGGUCCCCUGGCACUGCAGUCUUCUAUCGUCCAGGCAGUGGCGAAUGGAUUCCGGCCGCUGAGGCCGGCCCUCAGAGGCGGUUCUCCGCCACUCCCCGACGUCGCAUUCUCUCUGCCCGCUCUGGAGCCGGUGGCCUCGGAUGCGCGUUCUCCUUCGGUUGUGCCCAGGCUCCACGACAGAGAGCCGUUGGUUCUCGAUCAAGAUUCGAGCUCUGAUUCCGAAGAUGAUGCUCCGGCGGCUCCUGAGGUCGAGUCCACAUCAGCGGUGCCGGCCGCAGCUUGGGAACUGGUGUCGUCCGGUGACGUGGUGUCUUCACCGCAGGAUCUUGGUGAGCCUGAAGAGUUUGAAUUUUUAUUUAAUCCAAUGACGUCAAUUGUGCAUCUUGCCAAGCCUUGCCGGGCAGAUCAUCCCGCUUGUCAGUUCCGCCCAGCUCCGGACGCAGUUGGGGAUGCUCCUCUUCGCCCGGGUUGCUCCAUAAGAGGCAAUCUGGCAAUCGGAGCGUUAGUUCGGACAUCUGAGAUCCCGAAGGGUGCACGUUUGUGCUUGAAGCACGGGUGUGGGAAGGACCCUGCACUUGCAUCCUUGCUGGACUCAUAG